AUGGUACAGUCCAGCCGGGGCUGGGACGCGGCACCUCACUCGGGGUGGGGGGUCAAACCAUCUGCACCUUCUAAGGGGAAAGGGGCAAAACCCCCUAGAGGAGUCCCUCCUGGCACCGCGCUUCGCAAUGGCUUCGGUGCCGCUUCACCCCUGCCUUCGCCGCGCGCAGCCUCCCCUCUGCGACCCCCGAGUGGCUCGCACGCUCCGCCGGUCGCGCGCACCUCUCCUCCCCUGCCCGCGUUGGUUGGGCCGGGACGGCAGUUGGGCGCCCGGCGCGCUGCUGCCGCGGCGGUUGGGCGGGCGCUUGGGGUGCGACGGGCCGUCUUCCCUGGCCCGGGCCGGGAGGGGGUGCACUUUGUUCCAGACGCUGGAACUGUGGCUCAGAUCGUCUACACCGAUGACCAGGUUCGUCCACCCCAGCAGGUGGUGUACACGGCAGAUGGUGCCUCCUACACGUCAGUGGAUGGUCCGGAGCAUACGCUGGUAUACAUCCAUCCUGUGGAAGCCGCUCAGGUUCAGGCCUCAUUACCUGUGCAUAAUCAGGUGUUACCCUCCAUUGAGAGUGUGGAUGGCUCAGACCCUUUGGCCACUCUGCAGAGCCCUAUGGAUAGACUGGAGGCCAAAGACGAAGAGGAUGAGGAUGAGGAUGAGGACACUGAGGAAGAUGAGGAGGAAGAUGGUGAAGACACAGACCUGGAUGACUGGGAACCAGAUCCACCUCGGCCCUUCGACCCGCAUGACCUAUGUAAGUACCAGCUGGUUUCUCUUGAUAAAGGGGACAGAAAAGACAGGGAUUUGCAUGAAGACCUAUGGUUUGAGUUAUCUGAUGAGACCCUUUGUAACUGGAUGAUGUUUGUACGUCCAGCCCAGAAUCACCUGGAGCAGAACCUGGUGGCUUAUCAAUAUGGCCACCAUGUGUAUUAUACAACAAUAAAGAAUGUAGAACCCAAGCAGGAACUUAAGGUAUGGCGCUGCAUCACCCAAUCUCUUGUCCCCAGAACAAGAGGCAGAGGAAGGGGACGAGGCAAGAGGCGAUUUGGCCCAGGUCGACGGCCAGGGCGUCCUCCAAAAUUUAUCCGCUUGGAAAUAACCAGUGAAAAUGGGGAGAAGUGUGAUGAUGGGACACAGGACUUGCUACAUUUUUCCCCCAAGGAGCAGUUUGAUGAGGCUGAACCAGCUCCUCUGAAUGGAAUCAUAUUUGUGUGUGUCUUUCAGAAUGCAGCUCUUCAGCAUCUGUUUAUUCGGAAGUCCUUCCGGCCUUUUAAAUGUUUGCAGUGUGGGAAGGCCUUCCGUGAAAAGGACAAACUGGACCAACACUUGCGCUUCCACGGGCGGGAGGGGAACUGCCCGUUGACCUGUGAUCUUUGUAACAAAGGCUUCAUCAGCAGCGCAUCUUUGGAGAGCCACAUGAAGCUCCAUUCAGACCAGAAGACUUACUCUUGCAUUUUUUGCCCAGAGUCCUUUGACCGCCUUGAUUUGUUGAAAGAUCACGUGGCCAUUCAUAUCAAUGAUGGCUACUUCACCUGCCCAACGUGCAAGAAACGGUUCCCAGAUUUUAUCCAGGUGAAAAAACACGUGCGAAGCUUUCACUCAGAAAAGAUCUACCAGUGUACAGAGUGUGACAAGGCCUUUUGCCGUCCUGACAAACUGCGACUCCACAUGCUACGGCAUUCAGACCGCAAAGAUUUCCUGUGCUCUACAUGUGGGAAGCAGUUUAAGCGAAAAGACAAACUACGGGAACAUAUGCAAAGGAUGCAUAAUCCUGAGCGGGAAGCCAAGAAAGCCGACCGCAUCAGCCGCUCCAAGACAUUCAAGCCUCGUAUCACGUCCACCGACUAUGACAGCUUCACGUUCAAGUGCCGCCUGUGUAUGAUGGGCUUCCGGAGACGAGGCAUGCUGGUAAAUCACUUAUCAAAGAGGCACCCAGACAUGAAGAUAGAAGAGGUGCCAGAGUUAACUCUACCCAUCAUAAAACCCAACCGUGAUUACUUUUGUCAGUAUUGUGAUAAGGUUUAUAAAAGUGCCAGCAAGCGGAAAGCCCACAUUCUGAAGAACCAUCCUGGGGCUGAGCUCCCACCAAGCAUUCGGAAACUCCGUCCUGCUGGCCCUGGAGAACCAGACCCCAUGCUCAGCACCCACACCCAGCUCACAGGCACAAUAGCUACCCCUCCUGUCUGCUGCCCCCACUGCUCCAAACAGUACAGCAGCAAGACCAAGAUGGUACAACACAUUCGAAAGAAGCAUCCAGAGUAUGCCCAGCUCCCUAGCACUUUACACACACCUCUAACAACAGCUGUGAUCAGCACUGCUCCAGCUGUUUUAACUACCGAUAGUGCUACUGGAGAGACUGUGGUGACAACAGACUUGCUAACCCAAGCCAUGACAGAACUGUCCCAGACCUUAACAACAGAUUACCGAACGCCACAAGGGGACUACCAGCGAAUUCAGUACAUCCCUGUGUCACAGUCCACAUCAGGUCUGCAGCAACCUCAGCACAUACAGCUUCAAGUGGUGCAAGUGGCUCCGGCCACCUCCCCUCACCAGUCUCAGCAGUCCACUGUGGAUGUGGGCCAGCUCCACGACCCCCAGACCUACACCCAGCAUGCCAUCCAGGUGCAGCACAUCCAAGUCACUGAGCCCACCACCUCAGCGCCAUCGUCCGCUCAGGUUGCGGGGCAGCCAUUGAGCCCCUCAUCCCAGCAGUCUCAGCAGGGGCUCAGCCCCACCCAUAUACCAGGCAGUUCUUCCGCACAAGGCCAGACUCUCCAGCAGCAGCAGCAGAGUGCUUCUGUACAGCACACGUACCUACCCAAUGCUUGGAAUUCCUUCCGUGGAUAUUCAUCUGAGAUUCAAAUGAUGACACUUCCCCCAGGUCAGUUUGUGAUUACAGACAGUGGUGUGGCAACUCCUGUUACCACUGGCCAAGUGAAGGCAGUUACCCAGGGUCAUUAUGUGUUAUCAGAAAGUCAGCCGGAAUUGGAGGAAAAGCAAGCUUCUCCCCUCUCUGCGGGAGUCCAGGUUCAGCCAACUGCGCACAGUGACUUAGACCCUCAGACCACCAGCCAACAGCAGCCCACACAGUACAUCAUUACAACUACCACCAAUGGGAAUGGAAGCAGUGAAGUACAUAUCACUAAACCAUAACUGCCAUCCUUGAGCUAGAAUCAAGCAAUCAUGUCAUAUCUUUUCUCAUUCAUAAAUUGGAAAGCUUCUGUCUGACACUGAGAGCUCUUUUUUAAGAUUUACCAUUCAGUCAAGAGUUUGGAGGCCACAGCUUUGACACUCAUAUGUACACUGGGGCUUGUUUUAUCAAGGUCAUCUUUAUGACUCUGAACCAUAGGAGUUUCUGCCACGGAAUGGAGAUCUUUCAGAAGAAAGUAGAUUUCAAGAUGGAGAAACUUUGCCUUGCUCUUGAGUUGUUUUUUUAACAUAUUGAUAAGCCUAAGCCUUACUUUUCCUUUGUGGAAAUAUUAAGUGGUGUAUUGUGUUUGUACCAAAGGUGGAGAAAGGAUGGGCGAAGCCACUGGACUUCAUUCCAAACCGUGGCACCAAAGGAGAAGGGGCAUUUUAUGGCCAUGUGUUAGAUCAGGACUGCUUCAUCUUGUGAGUUCGCAGUAAUUUAAUAAGUGGAGCCUAUUGAUUAUGAAAAUAACAAUGAUGAAACAAAGGGUUGAUAGUGAUGGUCUGAAGGAAAUUCUGUCAUCUAAAUUUUUGUUACUGCUGAUUUAAAAAAACAAAACAAAACCUUGCCUUUUUUUGGAAGACCACUGUUGGGCUGUUGGUAGUAUUUUCCACAGAUGCUAGUCCUCACCGGAUUUGGCCAGACUCCAUGUUUUGAUACAUCUUACUUUGUUUCUCCACAAUGGUGGAUUCCCUGUAAGAAUAACAGGUUGCUUGAUGUCAGCAGAAUUUAAACUCCUACAUUAAAGCUUUGCCUCCCAUUCUCUGGUGUGGUUGUAAUAAGAGGGAGAUAUUGGAGAUAUCGGUACCAAGUAAAAUUACUAAGACAAUUAUAUGUAUAUAUAAAGUAAAAAGCACUGAAACCUUGUCCUGCUUUGCAGGACCCGUUUACCAUUCACUGGUAAAGGAUGAAGUCCUUGUUCUUACCAGGUGUACAUUCAACCCUUGUUCAUAGCAUUCAGUGUAUUAUCAUAGAACUUUUAAUGCUGUCUUAAAAUGAACAUUCUUUAAGAUUGGAUGGAAAGAUGGCCCUCCUUAUUUCUUACCACUUUUAACUUAAACAGGUAUCAACUCAUCUGGACCUUUUGGUAUGAUCAACUUCACACUUAGGAGAAAAAUAAGAACGUAGGGACCAUUUAUAGUAUGUUAAGGUAAUUAUAAGGGAUCUGGAAGAAAUCCAAUUUUUAUGAAUAUUACACUGUUAGUAGGGAGAGGAAAAAAAAUCUGCCUCAGUGAUAGUUUUGCUUAAAUGUGUUUCCUUUUGUUAGCUGUGACUUCAACAGGGGAAAACAUUUCUCCCCUUUUUAUUGUACAUUCUAAUUGUACACAUAAAACAUUGCAGAGAUCAGUAUGUAUUUUAACAACUUUUUGUGACAUACUAACACAUUUUUAGAAUAAUUAUUGCAUGGUAGAAUUUAUCACUCCAGAACAGAAAAACCUACUUCAAUUUCAAAUGAAGUUAACUAAUUUAUUUUAUUUACAUUUCUGGGUUGAAACUGGUUAUAUAAAUUAGAAGUAUAGUAGCUUCUUUAUGGUAAAGAUACUUUUCUAAAAAGUAAACAAUUCUAUUGAAAUAACUUUAUUAAUAUGUAGAUUUUGCACUUUAUUUUUUGAGACCUUGUUCAUUUAGUUAUCCCUGAAAAUUUGGGCACUAACAGAACUUGAGAAGGUUACUUGGUAAAUGUGUAGAAGCUGGAAAGGGACUCUAUAUCUUUGGUAGCAAAGAGGUAGUGUCAAUACUUUUAAUAGAAAAUAUUGACCCUAUAUCACAAAAUAGAGACUUUGGGUCCCAAAAUCCCACAAUGUAAUGAUUGUAAUAUCCUAGGUUUUAUCCUAAUAUCCUAAUAUCCUAGGGUUCAAUGUAGAAAGACUUGCUAGGUGAAGAACACUAGACUUUUCUAAAGGUCCAGUUUGUUUCUAUACCUUGAAUUUGGCUCUGUUGUAUCCUUUUUAAUUUGAACCAGCAAGAUAUCUCCCUUCCCCUCAGGAAUAACUUGUUGCUUAAAAUAAAAAUCUAUCACUGAAUGGAAUGUUCAUUUUAUGCCAGUUAUUUCAAGUUUUAAAAUACACAGAAGAAACUGUUGUGGAAGGACCUCUUUGUCUCUUUCCCAUCUAAGUUUGUUUUUCCUUUCUUUCUUUCUUCUUCUUUUUUUUAAAUGUGGAAUAAGUAAAGAUUCUAAAGCUAAUUUGUAUAUUAUCAACCAGAGAUGCAGGUGGCAGUCAAGCCAAACAACACUGCUUUAAGAUCAGGUAUUCUGCACAUUCAUCCAAGGUAACAGAUUUUCAAAAGGACUUGGAUUUGAAGAGAUGGCUGAUUACAAGCCCUCUGAAGCCCCAAUUUGGAAAAAAAUGUAUGUAGCCAAUGUUUAUAUUGUUUCCUCUCUUCAGACACAUUGACACUCUAGACUUCAAUCAGUGCAGUGUGAAAAUUUUGGAAUUACAUGUAGAGUUUACAUUUUUAUUAUUUGAUUUGCCCACAUAAUAGACAUUUCAUCAUGUAAAAUUCCUGUUACUCUGGAAAAACCUGUUGUUUUGAUCUUCUUGAAUUGUUUUCUGAUUUUGAAUUAUCCUUUCAAAAAAUUCUUAAGAUAUCUAGGGCUAAAAAGCACUUCAUGAGAUGCUAAAGCUGACCCAUGGGUUGAAAAUGUUGGCCCUAUCCUGUUAUUUAAAUGUGAACAUUUAUUGUACAUUCAGUGAGUUAUAGUGUUAAUAGUCUUGUGCUACUCAGCAGGUGUAAAAAUUAAUAAAUAUUUUUUUU